AUGGCCUCCGCCCUCAGCAAGCGCCAGCAGGCGCGGAACGAGAAGGUCCUCCAGGAGCUUGUUCACAACGUUCCUGGGAACAACAUGUGCGCGGACUGUCAAGCUCGGAAUCCAGGAUGGGCAUCAUGGAGUCUAGGCGUCUUUCUCUGCAUGCGUUGCGCUUCCAUCCAUCGCAAGCUGGGCACGCAUGUCUCCAAGGUCAAGUCCCUGACCAUGGAUGGUUGGUCCAACGAACAAGUCGAGAAUAUGAAAAAGGUUGGCAACGUCACCUCCAACAAAAUAUACAACCCCGAGAACAAGAGACCUUCUAUCCCGGUCGACGCCGACGAGGCCGAUUCCGCCAUGGAGCGAUUUAUUCGGUCCAAGUAUGUCAACAAUUCGAACCAUACUGCCCGUCAAAAAUCAGCAAGGGCCCUCGACGAAGGCACUCCCCCUCCUUUACCUCCCAAGACGCCCAGCAAGUUCAGCUUUCGAUCCGCUUCGUCCAUCCUGCCUCUCUCGUCCCGCUCCAAAAAAGAGACCCGCAGCAAUACCUCGUCGCAACCCAACAGUCCCCGGGAGGCCCGACGAAGUCCGUCCCCGGCGGCGGACUACCGCUUCAAGAAUAAGCCUUCUCAGGUGUUCGGUGCCAGUGUGCAGCACCACACCUUAGGGGAUGAUAUGGAGACGAAGCUGGCGAGCUUGCGCGACAUGGGUUUCACGGAUAGCCAGAGGAACGCCGCCAUCCUAAAGGGCGUCAACGGAAACCUGGAACGGGCCAUCGAGACCCUUGUGCGUCUCGGCGAGGGUGAUGGGAGAUCGCCGGCACCGCCCUCAACAACAACAACAACAACAGCAACCGCUCGCACUUUGCGUACCUCGCGAUCCAUGACCCCCGUGGCCCCCAGCUCGGCACCGCUCCCUCAGCAUGCCACCUUCCCGGAUCCUGGCCCACUCACUCCCUUGAGCGUCUCGAGCAACCCGUUCGACAUGCUGCCGCCGCAAACCGCCCAGUCGACCGGGUCCCUGCAGAAUACGAACCCUUUCCUCAACACCAAUCCCUUUACGUCUCAUCUUCAGCAGCAAGAUGUUAGCCAGACCUUCCACAACCUAUCUCUCGCCCCGCCACGACAACAACAACAACAACAACAACAACAACAGCAACAACAGCAACAACAGCAACAACAGCAACAACAGCAACAACAGCAACAACAGCAACCUCCUCUAUUUCCUCAUCACACCGGUGGCUUGCCCGCGCCCUCUCCCGCUCCGCCGCAGCCCUUGUACCAGCAGAUGCUCACGACCCAGGCCCAGAAUUAUGCGACGCAGAAUUACGCGACCACGCAUCUUACCCCCAGCAUGACGUACCCUCAGCCCCUCCCACCGCAACGAACAGGGACCAACCCUUUCUUGGUAGCCCAGUCCCAGCCCCAAACACAGCACCCCGCAAUGCUCCAGCCGAACUUGGGCCUGACUAUUACAAACGGCUCGCCGUCCAACUUUGCCAAUAACCCUUUCGCGCGCUCCCCCACCAAGGUUCAGUCUCCCAACCUGGGACAAAUCCCGGAGCAGUCCCAGUACACCUUCACUAGCUCUCCUCAACCACUUUCUCCAACAGCCGGCAACCCGUUCUUCGCACAACCCCAACAACCGCAACUUCAGCCUCGACAGCAGCCUAUAACCAUGCAGCAAAAUCACAAUAACCCUUUUGCGCUCGCCGUCCAGCCCGCACCCCACUAUCAGUACUACAACCCCCAGCGGCCCGACAAGGCGUCCAUCCUCGCUCUCUAUAAUAACGCCCAGCCACACUACGUGCCCCAGUCGGAUCUCGCCCAAGGCCAGGCGCGGUCGCAAGCCGCAAGUCCAGCCGUCGAGAUUACCAUGUUCCAGACCAGUGCGCCGCCUGGUCACGCGAUGCCGCAGCGGAGUGCGUCCAUGCCGCUCCCGCUCCCUGCGGCAAACAAGAACCCGUUUUUCAUGAACGGCGCAACGGCGUCUCCGGUGGAACCCGCGUCCGCGACGACUGAUGUGGGCGUAUCCGGAGUCGCGGCGCAACAAAAGCGGAAUGUGAGCCGCGAGAGCAUGGCUUUUGCGGAUAUGAACUGGACCAAUGGCCGUCACAGUCCUGAUGCCUUUGCCAGUUUGAGUUCUCGGCAGAGGUGA